GCUUCUGGAAGAGGGAAGUCUGGGUCCCUGAGCCGCUGGAGCAGGGACCGCGAUGGAGCCCGCAGCCCGGGGUCGCUCCCCACCCUGAGCGCCUCCACAGGCGGCCAUGCUGCCCCGAGGGCGCCCCCGGGCGCUGGGGGCCGCAGCGCUGCUGCUCCUGCUGCUUCUGAUCGGUUUUUUCCUGUUCGGCGGGGACCUGGAGUGUAAGCGCGGCGAGCGAGGAGGCGAGCGGAGGGGCCCGGGACCCCUACCCCUACCCUGCCCGCUGACGCCACGUGUCCCUCCAGACGAGCGGCCGCGGGGAGCUGCUGCUCUCGACGGAGACCUGCCUGCGGACCGCGGGGGCCACAACCACUCCGACUGCGUCCCGCCGCGGCCGCGGCCGCUGCCGCCCAAGUGCGAGCUCUUGCAUGUGGCCAUCGUGUGUGCGGGACAUAACUCCAGCCGAGACCUCAACACCCUGGUGAAAUCUGUGCUCUUCUACAGGAAAAACCCACUGCAUUUCCAUCUGGUGACUGAUGCUGUGGCCAGGAACAUUCUGGAGAUGCUCUUCCACACGUGGAUGGUGCCUGCUGUUGGGGUCAGCUUCUAUGACUUGGAGGAGCUCAAGGCAGGAGCCCUGGCCCUUCUGCACUUUCCGGCUGUGUGCAGCCCUGUCCUCCCUCCCAGGGCAUUGGGGUGGGGGCAUGGGGGAGAGGUUAGAGCUGCCUGGGACCCCUCCCCUCCCCAGUCCCAUCACACCUACAGGAGCUCAAAUCCCUCACCCCUCCUGGAGCCUACGCCUUCUUUCCCCUGUGUUACUGAGUGCCCACACAAGCAAGUGAUCGGUCUUGUGGAGAACCAGAGCGACUGGUACCUGGGCAACAUCUGGAGGAAUCACAGGCCGUGGCCUGCCUUGGGCCGGGGAUUUAACACAGGUGUGAUCCUCCUGCGGCUGGACCGGCUCCGGCAGGCCGGCUGGGGGCAGUUGUGGAAGCUGACGGCCACUCGGGAGCUCCUCACCCUGCCCGCCACCUCACUGGCAGACCAGGACAUUUUCAAUGCUGUAAUCAAGGAGCACCCGGACUUGGUGCAGCCCCUGCCCUGCGUCUGGAAUGUUCAGCUGUCAGACCACACGCGGGCUGAGCGCUGCUACUCAGAGGCGUCUGAUCUCAAGGUGAUCCACUGGAACUCACCAAAGAAGCUGCGUGUGAAGAACAAGCAUGUGGAAUACUUCCGAAACCUCUACCUGACUUUCCUGGAAUAUGAUGGGAACCUGCUGCGGAGAGAGCUGUUUGGCUGCCCCAGCCCGCCGCCAUCUGGGGCCGAGCAGGUGCAGCGGGCCCUGGCACAACUGGACGAGGAAGAUGCCUGCUUUGAGUUCCGGCAGCAACGGCUCACUGUGCACCGUGUGCACAUCUCCUUCCUGCCGCACGAACUGCCACCCCCUCGGCCCCACGACGUCACCCUGGUGGCCCAGCUCUCCAUGGACCGGCUGCAGAUGCUGGAAGCCCUGUGCAGGCACUGGCCGGGCCCCAUGAGCCUGGCCUUGUACCUCACAGACGCCGAGGCCCAGCAGUUCCUGCAUUUCGUCGAGGCCUCCGCAGUGCUCUCUGCCCGGCAGGACGUGGCCUAUCACGUGGUGUAUCGCGAGGGGCCCCUCUACCCCGUCAACCAGCUUCGUAACGUGGCCUUGGCCCAGGCCCUCACACCUUACGUGUUCCUCAGUGACAUUGACUUCCUGCCUGCCUAUUCCCUCUAUGACUACCUCAGGACCUCCAUCGAGCAGCUGAAGCUGGGCAGCAAGCGCAAAGCGGCCCUGGUGGUGCCGGCAUUCGAGACCCUGCACUACCGCUUCAGCUUCCCCACUUCCAAGGCCGAACUGCUGGCCUUGCUGGACUCUGGCUCUGUCUACACCUUCAGGUACCACGAGUGGCCCCGGGGUCACGCACCCACAGACUAUGCCCGCUGGCGAGAGGCUCAGACCCCAUACCGUGUGCAGUGGGCAGCUGACUAUGAGCCCUACGUGGUGGUGCCUCGUGACUGUCCCCGCUACGAUCCCCGGUUUGUGGGGUUCGGCUGGAACAAGGUGGCCCACAUCAUGGAGCUGGAUGCACAGGAAUAUGAGCUCCUGGUGCUGCCCGAGGCCUUUGCCAUCCACCUGCCGCAUGCCCCAAGCCUUGACAUCUCUCGCUUCCGCUCCAGCCCCACCUACCGGGACUGCCUCCAGGCCCUGAAGGACGAGUUCCACCAGGACUUGUCCCGUAACUACGGGGCUGCUGCCCUCAAAUACCUCACUGCCCUGCAGCAGCCCCGAGGUCCCGCCUGAUCUCCCCGGGGUCUGUGGCUCACCCCUGCCCCCCACCUUGGCUCCAGCAGGCUCCCUGCAGACACUGGAGCAACCUAGCCACCCCUCCCUCCCUCCUAUUUAAAUUAUUGAAGGUCUCAGUGCAAAGGGCUUGGGCGGGUCCUGGGGGCCUCCCCCUGCCGCUGUAGCUGGGGGCUGGUCUCGCUGUGCCCCAGCUGUUUGGGGGCUGGUUCCCCUAUCUUCAACUGUAUCUCUUUUUCAUAAUUAAAAGUUUUUAAAGAC